AUGCCUGGGGACGACGGGUGGCUAAUUGAUAUCCCUCAAGACAAUGAGAGGCAAUCGCAACCAUCAGAAGCUCGGCAACAGCAACGGACUGACCCGUUCGAUCCGUUCGAGCCCGCUCAGCCGAGCGUAUCGAAUCCUUUCGAGGACAACUUAAUGCAUGAGCUGGACGACUUGGAUGAGCAGGGACGAGCCGCGCUGGCAGAGGCUGAUGGCGGCUGGACAUCGCGUAUAAAUCCAUUUGGAAACUCCUAUAAGCAUAUGAACCAAGAAACACCCGGUGCGUUACCGGAGACGCCGGAAUCGCAAAAGCCUAGGGAGUUUGACCUCCGCGGCUGGUGGAGCCGUUUGCGCAGGGGCCGUCGAGAAAAAGCCCACCAAGGACCGCGAAUGAUUUAUUUCAAUGAUCCAGCAGAGCAGCGAGUAUUCCGAGGAAACUACAUUUCAACUACAAAGUACAAUGUUGCGACGUUUCUGCCCAAGUUUUUAUUUGAACAGUUUUCCAAGUACGCAAACUUGUUUUUUUUGUGUACCGCAUUGAUUCAGCAGGUUCCGCACGUAUCGCCAACCAACCGGUAUACCACAAUUGGAACGCUGAUGAUUGUGCUGUUGGUUUCUGCCGUUAAAGAGUUGAUUGAGGAUUUCAAGCGAGCUGCUGCGGACAGAGAGCUGAACAACAGCAAGACUCUGGUUUUGAAUGCCAUCACACAGGAGUUUGAUAACAAGAGAUGGGUUGAUGUGAAAGUUGGCGAUAUUGUGAGGGUGGAAAGCGAGCUGCCGAUGCCGGCAGACUUGGUCCUUUUGUCCAGUUCUGAACCGGAAGGUUUGUGCUAUAUUGAGACAUCGAACUUGGAUGGCGAAACCAAUUUGAAAAUCAAACAAGGCUCGCCAGCAACUGCUCACCUCACUGACUCUCGUUCACUUGCACAGAUGCACGGCCGCAUUCAGAGUGAACAGCCCAACUCUAGCUUGUACACCUAUGAAGGCACGCUAGAGCUUGAUGGCCAGUCUAAGGUGGCCUUAGCGCCUGAUCAACUUCUUCUUCGUGGUACGUCACUGCGAAACACCCCGUGGAUUCAUGGUGUUGUUAUUUUCACAGGUCAUGAAACCAAACUCAUGCGCAAUGCCACAGCUACACCUAUCAAGCGAACUGCGGUUGAGCAUAUGAUCAACCUGCAAAUUAUUUUCCUAUUUACAAUUUUGAUCGUGAUGUCGGUGCUGUCUUCCCUGGGUAAUAUUAUUAAAAUGCACCAAUGGCGGAAAAGUAUGUGGUAUUUGCAGCUGGGCUCUGCGUCAAUAACCAGCACAUUUUUCCUUGAUUUGCUCACAUAUUGGAUUCUCUUUUCCAAUUUAGUGCCCAUUUCCCUCUUUGUGACUGUAGAGAUUAUCAAGUUCUACCAGGCAUUCCUCAUCUCCAACGAUUUGGAAAUGUACUACGAGCCUACGGAUACUCCAGCCGUGUGCCGUACAUCGAGUUUGGUGGAAGAACUGGGACAGAUCCAGUACAUCUUUAGUGAUAAAACGGGCACACUCACUCGCAAUAUCAUGGAGUUCAAAGCAUGCACCAUCGCUGGCCGCAUCUAUUCCAAGGAGAUUCCCGAAGACAAGCGCUACUCUACAGAUGACGAUGGCAACCGUUUUUAUGAUUUCGAGCAGCUACGUAAAGAUCUCCGUCACCCCGAUUGGACUGACGGGAUUGCAAACUUUUUCACUUUGCUGGCCGUCUGCCAUACAGUUAUUCCUGAGGUUUUGGAAGACCACACCAUCAAGUACCAAGCUUCUUCACCUGACGAGGGUGCCCUAGUUGAGGGAGCAGCAGAGCAAGGAUUCAAGUUCACUGUUCGCCGUCCUAACAGCCUGACGAUUGAAGUCAAUGGGCGAGAGGCUGAAUAUGAACUUCUUAAUAUCUGUGAGUUCAACUCCACCCGUAAGCGUAUGUCUGCGAUCCUUCGUUGUCCUGAUAAUAGGAUUCGGUUGUUUUGCAAAGGUGCUGAUACCGUCAUUUAUGAGCGUCUUGCCCCCGAGACGGAAGACGGAGAGUAUGUUCGCCAGCAAACUACCAACAGUCUUGAGAGUUUUGCUAGCGAAGGUCUCCGCACACUCUGUUUGGCAUGGCGUGAAAUCAGUGAAGCAGAGUAUGAAGAGUGGGCUCACCAGUACGAUGAAGCGGCCACUAGCAUGGAGGAUCGCAGCGAGAAGCUCGAUGCGGUUGCUGAGCUUAUCGAAACGGACCUGGAGCUUCUAGGUGCGACAGCGAUUGAGGACAAGCUGCAGGAAGGUGUGCCUGAAACCAUACACUUGCUACAAGAUGCAGGAAUCAAGAUUUGGGUGCUCACGGGCGAUCGUCAGGAAACAGCCAUCAACAUUGGUAUGUCUUGUAAGCUGCUGGCAGAGGAUAUGAAUUUGUUGAUUGUGAAUGAGAGUGAUGCGGCAGGAGUUGCCGACAACAUUUCCCGCAAGCUCGAGCUCAUCCGGUCAAGCGAGGCGAGCAAUGCCGACUUUGAGACGUUGGCGCUGGUGAUUGACGGUGUUUCGCUUGGCUAUGCACUGACACCAGAGAUUGAAAAAGACUUUUUGGACCUCUCUGUGAUGUGCAAGGCCGUAAUCUGCUGCCGGGUGUCACCGCUGCAAAAGGCCAUGGUGGUGAAGCUGGUCAAGCGGCACCUCAAGGCACUUUUGCUGGCUAUUGGUGACGGUGCGAAUGAUGUGUCCAUGAUUCAGGCAGCACACGUCGGUGUUGGUAUUUCCGGGAUGGAGGGCCAGCAAGCAGCCCGGUCGGCUGACAUUUCCAUCGGCCAGUUCCGCUACUUACAGCGUCUGCUACUCGUACAUGGGUCGUGGAGCUACAACCGGCUCAGUCGAGCGAUUCUGUACUCGUUUUACAAGAACAUUGCCCUGUAUUUGACGCAGUUCUGGUAUGUUUUCUACAACGGAUUCUCGGGUAUGUCUAUCUACGAGUCGUGGACGGUCACAUUCUACAAUGUGAUUUGCACAGCACUGCCGCCGUUUGCUCUGGGCAUCAUGGACCAGUUUGUUUCUGCUCGCCUGCUCCUUCGAUACCCGCAGCUGUACAAACUUGGUCAAAAGGGUGCGUUUUUGAACGUGACGGCGUUUUGGCAGUGGAUCUGCAACGGCAUCUACCACUCGAUUAUUAUUUUCUUCUUCUCUGUCGGGGCAUACCACUGGUCCAACACUCUGCCUGAUGGCCGUAUUGCCGACCACUGGACAUGGGGUACUGCAGCGUUUACGGCAUGUGUAUUGACCGUUUUGGGAAAGGCUGCAUUGGUCACCAACACCUGGACAAGGUUCACGCUGCUGGCGGUUCCUGGCUCGUUUUUGGUCUGGUUAGGCUUUUUCCCUGCAUAUGCCGAAAUUGCCCCCAAGGCCCAUGUGUCAAUCGAGUACCGCGGUGUUCUCCGCUCUUUGUACCCUACUGCGGUAUUUUGGGCAAUGACCCUGCUCAUCGCCAUGGCAUGCCUGAUCCGGGACAUUGCUUGGAAAUACUUCAACCGAAUGUACCGGCCUCGAGCCUACCAUUAUGUUCAAGAAAUUCAAUCCUACAACAUCGCUGACCACCAGCCGCGGAUGGAUCAGUUCCAGCGGGCGAUUCGCAAAGUCAGACAAGUCCAGCGAAUGCGCAAGCAGCGCGGCUAUGCCUUCUCACAGGCUGAUGAAGGUAUUGACAAAGUCAUUAGAACAUACGAUACAAGUGUUGCUCGUGACCAGUCGGGACAGCUCCGUCCUGCAACGUCCUCGGUCGCCUGA